AUGAAGAUCGUGAGACAUGCCAGAACACGGUCAGGUCUUGCAGUCGCGAGUGGUCCGCCGCAGAAAUCCACGCCCCAUCAACUCACGCACCCAUGCCAAAACUGCACCGCCUUCGGACGCGACUGCGUCUUCAUCACGGUCCCUGAGAGCGCCGCGCGCAAGAAAGAGAGGGAGCAGCGCGAGCGCGCCCAGAGCAAGACGGCCGCCGCCGCCGUCUCGGUCCCAGAUUGGACAAAGAACCUCCCCGUGCGCACCCAGAGCAGUGCAAGCGUCGCCGACGCCCAUGACACGGCCAAUUCCGUCGACACGACGACGCCCGGCACCCCGCCCCGCGACUACGAGUGGGAGGCCUACCAGCAGGACGUCGAGCCCGAGACUGACGCCUGGGAGCGCCUGCCUGCCGAGCCCGAGGUGACGCAGGACGAUGUCUACGAGGAUGAGAACGAUGACGAGGACCAGAUCGCCACGGAUCUGACCAUUCGCAUCGGGAGGAUGAUCAUCUGCGAAAAUGUCACUGGAUUCUUCCGUCCCCAAUAUGCCGAAGAGCUUGGCAAGCUUCUCGGAGAGACGCACACGCCAUCCUCGUCGGUCGCAGGCCAAAGGGCGUCGCAGUCGUCCGCCCUGUUGUCCGCGGAGCAGAUGCCCUCUCUUGCGCCCUCGUUGAACUUGCUCCUCGGUGGCUCGCUGUCUCUUCGCCAAAAUGACGAGGUAGACCCCCCGCAACUACCCACCAAAAUGGAGGCAGAGGCCCUGCUCCAGCGCUAUACCGAAGCAGUCAGCCCACUCGCCCAUGUUUUGCAUUUGCCGUCCUGUAAGCGCCUGUUUGAACGCUUCUGGUUGAACCUCGAGAUCGGCAGCCCCAAUCAAAACUCAUGCACUGCCCUAAUACUCGCUGUAUGCAUGGCUGCAGCUGCAUCCGUCUCGCCUUUGCAAGCAAAAUCGCAAUUUGGCAUUACAAAAGAAGAUUUGUUCUUGAGGCUGCAGAAAGCCACUGAACGAGCCCUCCUUCGCGCCAACUGGGCAAAGACGUCCAAUAUACGCACUUUGCAAGCUUUGACCAUCUACUUGAUACCCCUUUGCCGCGCCCAAAUCUCUCGAGCCACCUCAGUUGUGGUGGGCGCGCUUGUCCGUCUGGCGCAAUGCAUAGGCAUCCACCGUUUGAGCCAUAGCUCAGCUAAUAGCUUGACUCCUCUUCAACGCCAUGUUCGGUCCCUGCUAUGGUACCAAAUCUGCUUUUUGGAUUUCAAAACAGCAGAGGCACAGGGACCCCAUCCAUCCAUCCGAUCUGAUGACUUUGACAUUGCUCUGCCGCUCAACGUCGACGACGAUGUCUUUGAGUUUGGCAGCUCCAGCUGGCAGCAAAAUCCCACCUCCAGGAACGGGUGGUCAGAUGUCACAUUGUCACUGAUAAGGUACGAAUGCAAUGAGAUUCACCGUCUCAUUUUCCGUGGCAGGAUCGAGAUGGAUCGCAAGCACAUCACCCUGCACGACCUACGCGCCCGUGUAGAGGCCAGGAAACGCCUGAUACAGUCAAAAUAUCUGCAAUACCUCGAUGCCAACGUGCCCAUUCAGCGUUAUGCAGGUCUUGUUGCCACGCUGCUCAUGUCGCGCUGCGACUCGAUGCUGCUCUACCGCCACCUCCCCCAAACAUCCCUCCAGCCGCGCUCCGAAUCAGAAAACCGACUCCGCGAUGUGCUUCUCACAGCCGCCCUCACAACCCUAGAAAUCGGCGCAACCCUAGACACACUCCCUUCCCUCUCUCCCUGGGCGUGGUACUCGACCACGUACCAGCAAUACCACGCCGUGCUUCUCCUCUUAACCGAACUAUACCGCACGCCCGACCUCCCGCGCAAAGAGCGCAUGGCCACCAUCAUCGACCAUAUCUUUGGACAUUGCUAUGGCGUCGGCGUGCAGGAGCGCUGUUCGGAUCUUCUAUUUACUGUAAAAGAAAACCUAGAAGCCUUCUACGUGAUGAAAGGGUUCAAUAAAAAGCGUCAGCAAAUCGCACCCCAGCAACAUCCGACGCUGCAGCCUUUGACAUCGUUUGGCAACCUAGUCACAAGUCCUGGCUUCGGCACGGGCCAUCAGCAUACACCGUCGUCAUCAAAUCUCCAUGGCCAAUUACAAAGGACGCCUACAAGUGGCACACUGGAUGGCCUGAACGUGGAUUUCGACAGCAUCCUUGGGAGUCUGAACGGUGCGGGUGGGGCCGGCACAGGCGGUGGCAGCGCGGGACCAGACGAUUUUGAUGUAUGGGCGGGCAUGAGCGGUGCCGGUGCUCAGGACACUGGAGCCAUUUUUGUGCCCGUGGAUACAGGGGGGCAUGCCGAAUUCGGAACUGCGAGUCCGAACGGGGGUUUGCAGCAAUGGGAAAAUUGGAAUUUCCCAACGCCGCAGCCACAACAAAAGUACGAGCAGUAGUAGGCUUGACACGAAGCUGCAUAAUUCAUGCAAGCCUCGCUUGGUCUUCUUCUCUAUACACGUUUGCAUAGUUUUGCGCAAAUAGACUCGUCAUGUUCUCUUACAUAGAAACGAAGAAAGAAGAGAGAGAAAAAAAACAUCACCGUCAUAAAAGCCUAAACUUAGACACGAGGCAUGAAAAAAGGGUUUCGCUUAUUACGUACAUGUGUAGGCCAUGUGUGGGAACUCGGGGUAUGUGAGUAGACGAAAAUAGAAAAAUACGAAGUUUAU